UCAGCGUUACACUCGUUUAUUCUUUUUUGUUCCUGUUCUUUCCCCCAACACACGGGCCACAGUCCUUCCAAAGCACAUACACAAACAAAACACAGGCAUUUUAGUAGGUCACAAUACACUGGCCUUUUUCUCCUAGUAAGCAAGCUCCACUCGAUGCGUUUCUCCCUUUACCACACGAGCCAAGCUUUGUUCUCCCGCUUUCUCUUCCCUGUCACCCACAACACCCGCUCAACACAGGUUUUUUCCCUUCACCCGCUCAACACAGGCUUUCUUCCCUUAAAAACCACGUGGGACGACCUGUCUCACGUGGGACGACCUGUCUAUCAGUCACCCACUGCCUCCUGAACAGUAAUGGACGCUUCCAGCACCUCGUCGCGCCACAGCAAGAUGGCGACCCAGCAGAAGACGACCACAGCUGCAAAUGCUGAUACCAACGAUGCGCAGAAGAAGAAGCCUCUCAUCUGCAAGACAACAAAUCACAAUGGUCUUGUUUCUUCGCUUGUUGUCUUGUUCGGUCACCUUUUCCAGGCCUUUUCGCUUCUCCUCAUCCGUUUCCUUGCGAAGGCGGAUGUGUGUAUACAGAAGCCCUGCGUGGAGGUAUGAAGCAUGAGGAUGACUGCUCUUGAUAUCGAAAGCGCACCCACCGGGAAGAUCGCAAAUGCAAGAGGCAAUAGGCAGAAGGCACCGUGCCCAGCACCCCGACCAGCCAUAGAAGCAUUUGAGGCUGCAAGACACAGUCGUUUGCCAUCCGAAUCGACAUAUGUGCAGUUGGAUGGGGCACAUGCGUACGCGAGAUCGCCGGCUGCUUGAGCAUCAGCCGGCAGGAUGCAGAGCUCUCUGCGGAACUCGCCAAUUCGUGAGGCGCGGAUGACGGGGCCGAUGAUGCCGAGGAAGAAAACAGCGCCGACGGUGAUGUAGAGGAUGCCGAUUAUGCACAGGGCCUUACCGUGGCGCAAACAAAAAAGGCAGGAAACGUGGCGUCGUACCUUGGAUCUUGCUGUCGUACCUUCUCGUAUGGGCUGGUAGCAUAGGUCAGGUACAAGAGACCAAUGAAGGGCACCGUGAGCAGGAACAUAGUUGUGUACGCCCAGGCAAUGCCAAGGAAGGUGCGCUCAGGGAUCGAAUCGCCUUCCAAGGCCUUCUUCUGCUCGCAAUGAUGCACAGCAACAAUAAGAUUAGCAUGUCCACAGCGGACAAUGAUGGGUAACUGCAUACGAUUGCGAUUUGAAGGCGUUCCGCCAGCAGGAGCUGUGACGUCUGAACACGCAGUCAGAGCAGGUGUGGAGAGGUCUAUAUGGGAUUUUACGGGGCCCUCACUUGGACGAUCCCGGUACGUUUGAGUGGCGGCUUCGAGAAAAAUGCCACAAAGGCGUCCAGCAUCACCUUUUCCUGAACCAGACUCCACGCAAGAAAAGUCGGCUCCUCGUGUGUGUGUCUUGAAACAAUGAGGAACCUGAUCUCCAUGGAACUCCUUCAGUGCCUCGUUAAGGCUGUCAACGAGAUAGGAGGCGAACCAGAUGCUGAUGGUGAAGGCUCUGAUUGAAGAGACACAGAGAUGUGCUGCCCUGUUCGAGUAUGUGUGAGGCGUACGUAUAUGUCGAAGGCAGCCGAUCGGAAGGGCGACUCAUCCUCGAAGGGCACGUAGAGCAGCGGCAGCGCCGAAGUGAGCAGGGUCCACAAAAUGGUCACCCACACUCCCGUCCCCCAGCGAUACGCUCUCUUGGAAUUGUUGGCAGCCUGUGCGGCAGUGUCUACGGUCUUCAACCACACGUCUCCGAUAAGCUCGUCGACGAUGACGUCUUUUGUCUCCUCUUCCUCAGGCUCAGUCUUUGCUGCAUCCUUGCUCUUUUUCUUGGAAGCCAUCCAAGCGAAGAAGGCGAGAAAGGCAGUCCAACAAGUCUUCUUUUGUUUUGCCUCUUCUUCGGCGGCAGGUUGCUGCACUGUGUCCCCGCCUUGGGCCGUAGCCUGCAGUGCUGUGUCUUCUUCUUUGCCGUCCUUAUCGUCCUCUCCCUCCUUGCCUGCUUCCGUCUCUGUCUGCUCUCCCCCGAUGCCGCCCUCUCCUUCUGGAGCUCCUGUUGCAUGGGAGAAAUCCAAUUGGGCCUGCGUCUGCUCCGCCAUUUCCUCUGCUUCUUUUUCCUUCCUCAAUCUUUCCACAAACUCCUCAUCUGCAGGUUUGUGCGUAAGAAAAGAAACUGGAUGAAAGCCUGUGGAGUUGGAUCAACCUCAUUUGCUUGUAAGUGGAUCACUUGCCUGUUUCAAGUUUGAUUUCUUGGUGAAUAUUCCCACUCUCGUCUUUCUUUGGGGUGAUCUUCACCAGGAGCAGCAGGAUGUGGGGGGUCGUGAAUGCGAGCCUCAACCACAGCAAAAGCACGGCUUCCUUCGGUCGGUUGUCGUUCUCCACCUGUUCCUUCUUCGUCUUUUUCGCCUCUCCUUUCUUCUCCUCGGCCCCUCCUGCUGGCUUCUCUCCGGUCUUCUCUUCCUCACUGGGCAAAUUGACGACCACGUCGCUGAGGUCACCGCCGCGGGCUCCGUGAUCAGGGGAUAAAGCUUGCUGCUGUCCCGGUUUUCCGCUUUUGUCUACAGUGGGUGACGCUUUGGGUUGCUCCUCGUCGUUGUCCUCACUUGUCUGGGAUGUCUCUUUGACACAAGGGAGCUUGGCGAAGUACUCCUCUACCGGCAACCAAAUUGUGAGGAAUUGCACUAUGAACGCCACUGCAAAGAAAAUGGAGUGACCCCCGAGUCCGGCCGAGCCGAUUGCCCUGCAUUAAUUUGUGAGGCCAGCAGGCACACACACACACACACACACGCAAAGAGAGAGAGAGAGAGAGUCAGUGAGAGUAUGUAUGAGGCAUUGAAGGUGAGCACAUUACGUAAGGCCGAAGAGGAGAACGAAUUGCAUGAACUCCAUGACAGUCUUCGCGGCGUUCUUGGCGUUGUCGUACACCCAGGAACGGAUGCCGGCCACCGACCAGGUGAAGGGAACCGUCCCAUCGCUUUCCAGAAGGAGUGCAUCAAUCAGGCCCGAGACAAGAGCGUGGGCUGUGAACACUAGAAAAAGAGUCCACGGGUAGUCCUGCGAUGAUGAAGCUGCACGCGUGAACAGAACAUACCGUCGUUCACAAGUCACGUACCUCAUCGACCACGAGAAUAGCCCAGAUGUCCUGACGAAAGCCAGACGCCCCACAGUGUCAUCCGUGAUGUGAUUCUGAUGUGAUCUUCUGCUUCACCUCUGCUAAGGUCAAAAGAUCUAUCAACAGCCCAACGAUGAACUCGGCAUCGCACCACUUCUUCAUUUGCGCGGCAUCGCACCGCUUCUUCAUUUGCGCGAGAAGAAGAG